AUGGUUUCUCAAAUGGCCUUUACUACUCUCACUAUUGCCUUAACAUUACUUUCUCUCACUUUGCCAUCUCAAGCAAACAACUACAUCUAUUCAUCUCCCCCACCACCACCUAAACCUUACUACUACCACUCUCCACCACCACCAGUGCACUCACCUCCUCCACCUUAUCACUAUAGUUCACCACCACCACCUGUGCACUCACCUCCUCCACCUUAUCACUAUAAUUCACCACCACCACCCAAAAAGUCAUACAAAUAUUCUUCUCCUCCACCACCGGUAUACAAAUAUAAGUCACCACCUCCGCCGGUGUAUAAAUACAAGUCACCACCACCUCCGAUUAAGAAACCAUAUAAAUAUUCAUCUCCACCACCACCCGUUUAUAAAUACAAGUCACCUCCUCCACCAGUAUACAAGUAUAAAUCUCCUCCACCACCAACUUACAAAUACAAAUCACCUCCCCCACCUGCAUACAAAUACCAAUCUCCACCACCACCACCUAAGAAAUCAUACAAAUACCCAUCACCACCACCACCUGUCUACAAAUCUCCCCCUCCACCAUACAAGUAUUCAUCUCCACCUCCUCCUCCUCCUUACAAGUACUCAUCACCACCUCCACCGGUCUAUAAGUAUAACUCACCUCCUCCUCCUUACAAGCACAUAUCUCCUCCAACACCUGGAAAGCCAUUUAAGUUUCCACCUCCACCAACACCAGUUUACAAAUACAAGUCUCCUCCUCCACCUGUCUACUCGCCACCACCCAUUUACAAGUAUAAAUCUCCUCCUCCGCCAGUUUACUCACCACCCCCACCACACUAUGUCUACUCUUCUCCUCCUCCACCGGUCUAUUCCCCUCCUCCACCUCAUUACAUCUAUGCAUCACCUCCUCCUCCUUACCACUACUAG